GCUGUUGCAAUGAUAAAAGUAGUAUAAAUUACUCUGUCGAUACCAAGGACUUUUUUUCCGAUACUUACUCGAUACCGAACAAAAAGGUAUCGAGUAAAAAAUUACUUGGUGUCAAAAGAAAGGUAUCGAGUAUUUACUUGUAUCGAUUGAACCCUGCAUACUUGGCGUGUGGAGGCUGAAAGUUCCUGGCUAAAAACAACAGUUAAAGAUGACGGAAAACGAUGGAAAUCCGUAUGACAUGGAUAGUUCCACAUUUAACUCUGAAAAGUAUCUGGAAAAGCUACUUAAGGAUUGCACCCUAAAGCAGAUCAUGGACACCGAAACUGCAGUAAUUAAAGACACCCAAACACUACAUUCAGACAUGCAGACCUUGGUCUACGAAAAUUACAAUAAAUUUAUCUCGGCGACGGACACUAUACGCAAAAUGAAAAACGAUUUCAAGCAAAUGGAAUCUGACAUGAACUUGUUGCGCACUAAAAUGCAAACUAUCACAUCAUUUAGUGAGCAAAUCACAGAUACGUUGCAAGGGACUCGUUCGCAACUAUGCCGUCUAUCUGAGAAGCACUCGUUGCUUAAAAGAUUGCAAUUUUUAUCCUCCCUCCCUGCAAAGUUGAAGGCACUCAUCGAGGAGCAGAACUAUGCACAAGCUGUUCAAGAUUAUUUACAUGCACAAAAAGUUUUUGCACAGUAUGGCCAACAACCCUCAUUUGAUGGUAUUCAGCUAGAUUGUGAAGCUAUUUUACUGGACUUGAAAGAGCGGCUGCGAACGGAUUUUCAGAUGGCAAGUAAUUCAGCACAGUCGUUGAGUGAAAUUGGCGAACUGUUAUUGCAAUUGGAUGAGAAACCAGCGCAAUUAGCCAAUGACAUGUUGACGUGCGCUUCAAAACGGCUCCGUGAACAAAUUGUACUGCUGCAAGAUCAAACUGAGCGAGAUAUGAUCGAAUUUGUCGAUAUGGGUAUCGAAGGUUUCCUUAACGACUUAACGUUAGUUGUUACUUCCUACUUCGACAUGUUUAUAGUAAAGUGCCAUGAAACGGAGAGCGAUGAUUUCAAGGAGCAUGCUUUGCGAGAGUUAAAUAUAUUUCUCAACCAAAAUGUCGAUAAGUACUUGACCCUCGUACAAGAUCGGGUUGAAUCGGACAUAGGCUUUGGCGAUACACAAAUAAUGUUGCGUGCGCUUGAUCGCCUGCAUCGGCGACUGCUUGCUAUGCGCAACAUUUGUCGUGGUCUGGAAAUAAAACGCAAUACUGUAGAUAUUAUAAUAGCAGCAGCGCACCAACUUUGCGAAGUGCACACCAAAACACUGAAAGAUCACUUUUCCGAUAGUCUCAGCUCAGUGCGAUUGGCAUUAGUUUCGGCUAAAAGCGACAAUAACAAUGGCACUAAUUUGAAUGAGUUAAUCACCAAUUUGUAUGUAUCUAUGGUAGAGAAAGUAAAAGGAGUAUUACAAGAUUUACUGGUAUUUCUGCAAACGGAUUGGUCGUUUAAUAUCAAAGCAGAAUACAAAGGCGGCCUCUGCGUUGAAGGCGUACGAGAGAAUUUACUAAUUGGUUUCAUGCGUCACAUUUCAAAGGUUAUGUGUUCGUUCGCUGAAGCCUCAAGUUCAAGUCCGCCAAAUCUACUAUUAGUUCUAUCAAAAACUUGCCUCGAAAUGGAUCAGAAUGGUGUGCACAUUUUGAUUACUUUGGUUGAUGACUUGUACGAAAUCGACUCUGAGAACAGUGCAAUAUUAACACAUGAAACAGAAAUUUGCGCUGAAAUGCGCGAAACAGCACAAACGCUGCUUGACGCUUAUGUGCGUUUGCAAGGCACAAAUAUUUCUCAGAUGCUCCGCAAAAGCGUUGAAACACGAGAUUGGCUAAACUGUCUCGAGCCACGUUCAGUACGCGCUGUCAUGAAGCGUGUAGUGGAGGAGCUAGGCUCAAUUGAAACCGUUGUCGCCAGUCUCUAUGAAGCAGGCGUACGCACAACGGCGAGCAGUGAUUCUAGUCGAAAGACUCAUUAUAGUACUUUAAUCACCUCUAAGCAGCAGUAUCGUUCCAAUUGGUCUAAUUAUACGCCGUCACAAUUGGAAUCGAGUUAUGUCUCCAAUAUACAUCGAUUGUUCUCGGAACGUGUUGAUAUUUUUACCAAUGUAGAUUUUUCGAAAGUUUCAAUAGUUACCGGCGUUAUAAAGAUUGGCUUAAAGACCCUUCUGGAAUGCAUACGUUUGCGUACAUUCAGUAAAUUCGGGUUACAACAAGUGCAAGUAGAUACGCAUUAUUUGCAAAUGAAUCUCUGGCGUUUCGUCACUGAUGAAAAUCUCGUAAAUUCUUUGCUGGAUGAGAUACUUGGUUCAGCUGUACAUCGUUGCUUAGAAUCAAUUCUAAUGGAGCCAAAUGCCGUCGAAAUUAUAUGCGAGCGCGGUUAGUAUUACCUAGUGAUUUUAUCUAAAUUUUUGAUCUUCCGAUGUCUAAAGUUUAAAAAAAGGUCGAUGUGUAUUAAUUUUAUUUAUUAUCUAUUCUAUUUGUAUGCUAGCCUAAUAAUGGAUUAAUAUUAGUAACAAUAUUCAAAAAGUUAUUUCAUACAUGUAUUCAAAAUAAUCAUCGAAGCCUAAAUGGGAAUGAAAUUCAGUGUCUAACAA